GUAUCUUCGACAUAUUUCUCUGUCGACUUCGCACGUCAAGGUAUCCUCUUGAGGCCGUUGUUUGCACCCAGAACUCCUCUCCUUGCACAAUGGCAGCAUCUAUUGAGGGCAAGCCUGCAGGCUCUGUGGAGGAGUACGACAUGGGACACAACGGAAUCGAUCGAAUCCACGGCGAUGCUCUGGGAGGAACUUCGCAUGAUGCGCAAGACAUGUAUCGGAUGGGCAAGAAGCAGGAACUCCGCAGAAACUUCCGCCUUGUCUCUAUCAUUGGAUUCGUCGUCGUCCUUCAGUCCACAUGGGAGACUUACUUCGGUCUGUUCAAUGGCGGUACGGCAGGCGUCAUCUGGAUGACAGUCAUUACAUGGCUCUUCGUCAUGGCCAUGAUCGCCUCUCUUGCGGAGAUGGCUUCGAUGGCACCAACUGCUGGCGGGCAGUACCAUUGGGUCAGUGAGUUCGCGCCGCCGUCAUUCCAGAAGAGCCUCUCGUAUAUCGUUGGCUGGAGCGCCGGCGUUGGUUGGGUCUCCGGCAUCCCCGCCUGCGCGCAGAUGCUAUCCUCUCUUGUCAUUGGUAUGGUCUUGCUUGUAAAUCCUGACGCUCAGAUCGGCGAGCUGUGGCACGUCACCUUGAUCAUGAUGCUGUGGCUAUUUCUCAUGGUCGGCUUUAACAUCUUCCUGGCACAACACCUGCCACUGGCUGAAGGCAUCGUGCUGGUCCUGCACGUAUUCGCCUUCUUCGCGUUCCUGAUAUUGUUCUGGACCAUGGCUGAGCGAUCACCCGCUGAUGAGGUCUUCACAACAUUCUACGAUGGUGGUGGUUGGGGUUCGCUCGGGACAUCUGCUCUUGUUGGUCUCUCAACACCGCUGUGGUGCUUCAUCGGACCAGAUGCCGGAGCCCACAUGUCUGAGGAACUGAAAGACGCCUCAGUGGUACUUCCCAAGGCUAUGAUGUGGGCUGUCUUCUUCAACGGUGUCUUCGGUAUCAUCAUGAUGAUCACCUUCGUGUUCUGCGGUGGGGCGCUCGACUCGGUCCUCGAAACUCAUACCGGUGUCCCAGUGCUUCAAGCCGUGUACAACGCCACCGGCUCUAUCGCGGGCACCAUCGUUAUGGGCACAAUCCUAGUCAUCCUAGUGUUCUUCGCCGCGGUUUCUGUAACGGCUGCAUCCUCACGACAGAUUUGGGCCUUCUCCCGCGAUAAGGGUCUUCCGUUUUCUUCCUGGAUCGAGUACGUUCGACCUGGCUGGGACAUUCCUGUGAACGCACUGCUGGUUUGUCUGGGUUCAUCAUUGGUCCUUGCUUGCAUCAACUUCGGCUCAGACGUCACUCUCAACGCAAUCGUCUCCAUCUCGAAUGCCGCAUUGAUAUUCUCUUAUAUCAUAUCCAUUGGAUGCGUUCGGCUCAAGCGUCUGCAAGGCGAGCCUCUGCUAGCUCGUCGCUGGAGCUUGGGCAGGUGGGGUGGCAUUGUGAACGACUUGGCACUCGUCUUUCUGCUUGUGGCAUUCAUCUUCUCUUUCUUCCCUAUGACGCCUAAUCCAACGGCUGUCGACAUGAACUGGGCUGCCUUAAUGUUCGGUGCAUUGGCGAUUCUGGCAACGGCUAAUUAUUUCGUAAGCGCGCGGAGAAGCUACGUCGCGCCUAUAUCUCUGGUCAAGCAGGACUAG